AUGUCGGCCCCUGCCUCUGGACCCUGCCUUCCUUACCUGCUGCUGGCUCUGCUGUUGGGACUCACAGGUGUGGCAGGUGAGGCGGAGCUGCAGGUGAUCCAGCCUGAGAAGUCAGUGUCUGUCGCAGCCGGACAGACAGCCACUCUGCGCUGCAGUCUGACCUCCCUGCUCCCCUUUGGGCCGGUUGAGUGGUUCAGGGGAACAGGGCCAGCCCGGGAGUUAAUCUUCAGUUCCAGAGGAGGCCGCUACCCCCGAGUGACAAAUGUUGCAGAUACCACAAAGAGAAACACCACGGACUUUUCCAUCCGCAUCAGUAACAUCACCCCAGCAGACGCUGGAACCUACUACUGUGUGAAGUUCCAGAAAGGGAGCCCUGAGGUGGAGUUUAAGUCUGGACCAGGCACUCAACUCAUAGUGAGCGCCCUCUGGUUCCAGGUAUGA